AAAAAUUUCCUUUUCAGGUUUGACUCGAUCUCACUAAACUGCAGCCAUGGUGCAGAAGUACCAAUCCCCCGUACGGGUGUAUAAACACCCUUUUGAGUUAAUAAUGGCUGCAUAUGAAAGAAGGUUUCCUACGUGCCCUCUGAUCCCCAUGUUUGUAGCCAGUGACACUGUAAAUGAGUACAAGAGUGAGGAUGAGGCCAUCCAUGUGAUCGAGCGGCGCUGCAAACUGGACAUUGAUGCACCACGGCUGCUGAAAAAGAUUGCAGGGGUUGACUAUGUCUACUUUGUCCAGAAGAACUCUCUGAACAGGCGAGAAAGGACUCUGCAUAUAGAAGCCUACAAUGAAACCUUCUCUAACAGAGUCAUCAUUAACGAGCACUGCUCCUACACAGUUCAUCCUGACAAUGAAGACUGGACCUGUUUUGAACAGUCAGCAAGUCUGGAUAUCAAAUCUUUUUUUGGUUUUGAAAGCACAGUGGAGAAGAUUGCYAUGAAGCAGUACACCAGCAAUAUUAAAAAGGGAAAAGAAAUAAUAGAAUACUACCUGAAGCAGCUGGAGGAAGAAGGAAUAACUUUUGUUCCUCGCUGGACUCCUCCUGUUCCAUGUAAAUCAGAGAGCAGCACAUCCCACCCAAGGAGACCAGUGUCACCUGCCAUUAAUAUCCCAGAGUCUGCCACAAAGGAGGGCUUGAACAACAAGGAGAUCCUCAACACCUCCAGCAGCCCCUCGGAGCCCACCGCAGGAACGCCCGAUGAUAAGUUGGAUGCAGACUACAUCAAGAGGUACCUGGGGGACUUGACCCCGAUGCAGGAGAGCUGCCUCAUCCGCCUGCGCCAGUGGCUCCAGGAGACGCACAAAGGCAAAAUCCCAAAGGAUGAGCACAUUUUAAGAUUCCUGCGUGCCMGAGACUUCAACAUUGACAAAGCCAGAGAGAUCCUUUGCCAAUCACUGACGUGGCGUAAGCAGCACCAAGUGGACUAUAUUCUGGACACYUGGAAUCCUCCCCAGGUGCUCCAGGAUUACUAUGCAGGAGGCUGGCAUCACCAUGACAAAGAUGGGCGCCCACUGUACGUGCUCAGGCUGGGCCAGAUGGACACCAAGGGCUUGGUGCGAGCUCUGGGGGAGGAGGCCUUGCUGCGUUAUGUUCUUUCAAUAAAUGAAGAAGGGCUGAGGCGAUGUGAAGAGAAUACAAAAGUAUUUGGCAGGCCAAUAAGUUCUUGGACCUGUCUAGUAGAUCUGGAAGGCUUGAACAUGAGGCAUUUAUGGAGACCUGGUGUCAAGGCUUUGCUGAGAAUCAUCGAGGUGGUUGAAGCUAAUUACCCUGAAACCCUGGGUCGUCUUCUUAUCCUAAGAGCACCUCGAGUAUUCCCAGUUCUCUGGACACUGGUUAGUCCAUUCAUUGAUGACAACACUAGAAAGAAAUUCCUUAUUUAUGCUGGAAAUGACUACCAGGGUCCUGGGGGACUGUUGGAUUACAUCGAUAAAGAAAUUAUCCCUGAUUUCCUUGGUGGAGAGUGCAUGUGUGAAGUACCAGAGGGUGGGCUGGUUCCCAAGUCCCUCUACCGGACAGCAGAAGAGUUGGAAAAUGAAGACAUCAAGCUUUGGACUGAAACGAUCUACCAGUCUGCAAGUGUCUUCAAAGGAGCUCCACAUGAGGUUCUCAUCCAGAUUGUGGAUGCCUCGUCUGUGAUCACAUGGGAUUUUGACGUGUGCAAGGGCGAYAUUGUUUUUAACAUCUUCCAUUCCAAAAGAGCCCCCCAGCCUCCCAAAAAGGACUCCCUGGGAGCUCACAGUAUUACAUCUCCUGGUGGGAACAACGUCCAGUUGAUAGACAAAGUCUGGCAGUUGGGGCGUGACUACAGCAUGGUGGAGUCUCCCCUGAUCUGCAAAGAAGGGGAGAGUGUGCAGGGUUCCCACGUGACCAGAUGGCCUGGCUUCUACAUUUUACAGUGGAAAUUCCACAGCAUGCCUGCCUGUGCUACAACCAACCUGCCUCGUGUGGAUGAUGUGUUGGCAUCUCUACAGGUGUCCUCUCACAAAUGUAAAGUGAUGUACUAUACAGAAGUGAUAGGAUCUGAAGAUUUCAGGGGAUCUAUGACCAGCCUUGAAUCAAGCCACAGUGGAUUCUCCCARCUCAGUGCUGCCACCACCUCUUCUAGCCAGUCUCAUUCCAGCUCCAUGAUUUCCAGGUAGUGCCACAACAGCUGAAAAGCAAAUGGAUGUGAUGGCUGGACCCUCGCCCGUGGCAGCUGACUGCAAUACAGCAUAUUCAACUGGCAAUUGUGCAAAAAAACCCAUCCCAAAAAGCCUUUUAUAGAUAGUAAAGUAGCUGUUUGAAUUUUA